AUGGUCCACAUUGCUAUCUCGUGUGAUCGUUUGGAUUUAUUCUCUGAUUCCAAUAUCCAAUAUAUAAACAACGAAUAUAAGCCUUUCAAGAGCAUGAUGAAGAUGAUGGUGCAACCAGAGGGAAAGUACCCACUGCAUUUAGCCAUAGAAAUGCAUCGCCUGCAGAUAGUGCGAAGGAUGUUGGAACUGGGAGCAGACGCAACAGUGAAGGAUAUGAGUGGAAAUAACGCUAUCCAUUAUGCGUCUCUCGCCAGCGUACAAAUGCUCGAGGUUUAG